AGAGCCGCGGCGCUCAUGGCGGGCGGGGGCGCCGGGGACCCCAGCCGGGGGGCUGCGGCCACCCCCGCCGCCGCCACCGCCGGGGCGCCUGAGACCCGCGAGCACCUCUUCAAGGUGCUGGUCAUCGGCGAGCUCGGCGUGGGCAAGACCAGCAUCAUCAAGCGCUACGUCCACCAGCUCUUCUCCCAGCACUACCGGGCCACCAUUGGGGUGGACUUCGCCCUCAAAGUCCUCAACUGGGACAGCAGGACGCUGGUGCGCCUGCAGCUGUGGGACAUCGCAGGGCAGGAGCGGUUUGGCAACAUGACCCGAGUGUACUACAAGGAAGCUGUGGGUGCAUUUGUAGUCUUUGAUAUAUCAAGAAGUUCCACAUUUGAGGCGGUCUUAAAAUGGAAAAGUGACCUGGACAGUAAAGUUCACCUUCCCAAUGGCAGCCCUAUCCCCGCUGUGCUCCUGGCUAACAAGUGUGACCAGAAAAGGGAGGGUGGCCAGAAUCCUCCCCAGAUGGACCAGUUCUGCAAAGAACAUGGCUUCACUGGAUGGUUUGAAACCUCUGCAAAGGAUAACAUAAACAUAGAUGAAGCCGCCAGGUUCCUAGUGGAGAAUAUCCUUGCAAACCACCAAAGCCUUCCUAAUGAAGAAAACGAUGUGGGCAAAAUUAAACUGGAUCAGGAAACCUUGAGAGCAGAGAGCAAAUCUCAGUGUUGCUGAUGUGGUACCUGCUGCUUUUCUGCCUGCCUGGAUUCUGAGCGAGCUCCAAAGGAUGGGCCGUGGAAGAUACCCUGGAAGGUGAAUCUUCCCAUGGGGGCCUUUUGUUACAGCAGCACCAUUUCAUCACUUGAAAAUGGAAGGCAUAGGAACGUGCCCUCGUGGCUCUGCAACCUAGGAGACAUCACUUAGGCUUGUGGUGGUGUUGCCAUCAUAUCGAGGACGACGUUUAUGUCCUUUCACAGGGCCUUCUUUGACGGCAGUUCCCCAGGCUAUGGUGGAAAUCCAAGUAGUAGUUUUUGGGAUGAGUGUUGAGUUGGUAAUAAAUCUGUACCUGCAGUGUUACGGUCA